AAACACACACACACACACACACUCACACUGAGUAGUGUUAGUAGGCUAGUGUCAGCCAAGCACUGACAACAACACAGAGAUACACAGGAGCCCAGGCCUUGGGGAAAGGUCGAGUGGGGACUCAUAAAUGACUGUAUGCUGCUGCCUUGAUUAACAACAACUCCAAAACAAACAAACAAACAAACAACAACCGUGUUUCAUGUUUGAGGAGAGUCAACACACUCACUGACCAAAACCCCCCAAAACAAACCAUGUCUAAUCUGAGCAAAGGCGGCACCAAGAAGGACACUAAAAUGAGGAUACGAGCUUUUCCUAGCAGACGCAGAGAGAGGUGAGAGAGCAGUGAGAAAGCAAGACCUCACGCUUGCAGGACAGUACUCGCCACAUUUGGAAAGUUGCUAAGGCACACCCCCCUGGUUGAGAACCACUGGACUAGACUAUUUCUAUCACCUGUCAGAAAUUAAAACAUCUCGUGCCCCUUUUACACCGUACUGAUGCUCAGAUCUACAGAUAUCUGCAAAUAAGUCUGUUGAUCAGCAGCAGAUGUCUUUCUCUACAGAUGACUAUGGAUGAGCGGUAUGUGAACAACAUCUGGGAACUGUUGAAGAAUGCCAUCCAAGAGAUCCAGAGGAAGAACAACAGUGGGCUAAGCUUUGAGGAGCUGUAUAGAAACGCCUACACCAUGGUACUGCAUAAACACGGCGAGAAGCUGUACACGGGCCUGCGGGAGGUCGUCACAGAGCACCUAAUCAAUAAAGUCCGGGAAGACGUACUCAACUCCUUAAACAACAAUUUCCUGCAGACCCUAAACCAGGCGUGGAAUGAUCAUCAGACGGCCAUGGUCAUGAUACGAGACAUUUUAAUGUACAUGGACCGUGUGUAUGUGCAGCAGAACAACGUAGAGAACGUCUAUAACUUGGGCCUGAUCAUCUUCCGAGACCAAGUAGUUCGGUACGGCUGCAUCAGAGAUCACCUCCGCCAGACGCUGCUGGACAUGAUCGCCCGGGAACGGAAGGGCGAGGUGGUAGACAGAGGAGCAAUUAGAAAUGCGUGCCAGAUGCUUAUGAUAUUGGGCUUGGAGGGACGGUCAGUGUAUGAGGAAGACUUUGAAGCUCCUUUCUUAGAAAUGUCUGCAGAGUUCUUCCAGAUGGAGAGUCAGAAGUUCCUGGCAGAGAACAGCGCCAGCGUGUACAUAAAGAAAGUAGAGGCACGGAUAAAUGAAGAGAUAGAGCGAGUGAUGCACUGUCUGGACAAGUCGACAGAGGAGCCAAUCGUCAAGGUAGUGGAGCGGGAGCUCAUCUCCAAGCACAUGAAGACCAUCGUGGAGAUGGAGAACUCUGGCCUGGUCCACAUGCUUAAACACGGAAAGACGGAGGAUCUGGCCUGUAUGUAUAAGCUAUUCAGCAGGGUGCCAAACGGGCUGAAAACAAUGUGUGAGUGUAUGAGUCUAUAUCUGAGAGAACAGGGGAAAGCUCUGGUGUCCGAGGAGGGAGAGGGCAAGAACCCUGUCGACUACAUACAGGGCCUGCUGGACUUGAAGACACGCUUUGACCGUUUCCUGCAGGAAUCCUUCGGUAACGACCGGCUCUUUAAACAGACCAUCGCUGGAGACUUUGAGUACUUUCUGAACCUCAACUCCCGAUCACCCGAGUACCUCUCACUCUUCAUUGAUGACAAGCUGAAGAAAGGAGUGAAAGGGCUGACCGAGCAGGAGGUUGAGUCCAUCCUGGACAAAGCUAUGGUGCUCUUCCGGUUCAUGCAGGAGAAAGAUGUUUUCGAGCGUUACUACAAACAGCACCUGGCCAGGAGGCUUCUCACCAAUAAGAGCGUCUCUGAUGACUCGGAGAAAAAUAUGAUCUCCAAGCUUAAGACAGAGUGUGGUUGUCAGUUCACCUCGAAACUGGAAGGAAUGUUCAGGGACAUGAGCAUCUCUAACACCACCAUGGACGAGUUCCGGCAGCACCUGCAGUCCACUGGGCUGUCUCUAGGUGGUGUUGAUCUAACAGUCAGAGUCCUGACUACAGGUUACUGGCCUACACAGUCGGCUACGCCCAAAUGCAACAUCCCUCACUCCCCACGGCAUGCCUUUGAGGUCUUUAGAAGGUUUUACUUGGCCAAGCACAGUGGCCGGCAGCUCACACUGCAGCACCACAUGGGCUCAGCAGACCUCAAUGCCACCUUCUAUGGGCCUGUGAAAAAGGAGGAUGGAUCAGAAUUAGGCGUAGGAGGUGCACAGGUAACAGGCUCCAACACAAGGAAGCACAUACUGCAGGUAUCCACCUUCCAGAUGACUAUCCUCAUGCUGUUCAACAACAGAGAAAAGUGCACUUUUGAGGAGAUCCAGCAGGAGACGGAUAUCCCGGAGCGGGAGCUGGUACGAGCGUUGCAGUCUCUGGCGUGUGGAAAGCCCACGCAGCGAGUGCUUACCAAGGAGCCGAAGAGCAAAGAGAUUGAGAACGGACACAUGUUUACAGUCAACGACCAGUUUACCUCCAAACUGCACAGAGUCAAAAUCCAGACAGUCGCUGCUAAACAGGGGGAGACAGACCCAGAGAGGAAGGAGACGCGACAGAAAGUGGACGAUGACCGGAAACACGAAAUCGAGGCAGCCAUAGUGCGCAUCAUGAAAUCAAGAAAGAAGAUGCAGCACAAUGUACUUGUAGCAGAGGUGGCUCAGCAGUUACGGGCGCGGUUCCUUCCCAGCCCAGUGGUGAUCAAAAAGAGAAUUGAAGGACUUAUAGAAAGAGAGUAUUUGGCACGAACACCAGAGGAUCGCAAAGUGUACACUUACGUGGCAUAGACAUGGACACAGAGGGGUGUAUGAGGGAAAAACUGUUCAUAAAGACUGGGAAAUUCAUUUUAACAGGUGAAUUUUGGAAGCUGACCUUUUCCUCCUGAACAAAAGCAACUUAAAACAAACACAAAAGAUCAGAAAUGAACAGCAAAAAGAAUUGAAACAAUCCAUUAUAAAGUGUUGUAGAUGUUUUGAUUAGGCCACCACUUGCACUCCUGUACGGAUCUCAGCCAUGGAUGGAUCCAGCUUCAAGCUCUUCACUGGUUUAUCUGUGUACAAACUGCUGUUCAAAGGAAAAGAAAAAGAAUCCCUUGGGAAAAUGUGAAUGCACCACACAUUUUUUUUGUUUUCAUUAUUGUAAAAAAACAAGAAAAUAAAUAACUAAAAAAAAUAAUAAAAUAAAAAAACAGCAAAAAUGUGGGUUGCUGGAAAAAAAUGAAUAAAAAGGUUAAUAUUGAAACACCUGCCGUGUUCUUGAGGUUUCAGUAGUAACUCUGUGGUAUCUAGACAUUGGCAUAAUUUCAUCUGCAGUUCUAGACACAACGUAUUUAAAUGAAAUAGCAGCAUGAACUGACUGACUGUAUCACUCUGCCUUUCUCUCGGUCCCAAAUUUAUAGAUAGGGAUGAACUGAAUGUUUGGCAACCGAAAUUAUUCGGCCGAAUAAAUUUGACUGAACAAUGACGAGUUUGAUGACGCACCAAAUAGCCUAGCAAUCAGAGUGAGAUGAGCGAAUUUCACGACCGCCGCUUCCGGCAACGCGCUUGGAGAGAUGAGGAGGCGCGCACAUGCACGAGCGCAUGCUCUUCGGAUGUUGACAACCGUGACAUUGUUUACUGCAGACAGAUGCGUUUGUUUUGUUUCUGUUCCGGAGUAUUCUGUCACAUCGCGAGACGUAAGGGAGUAGAGUACGGAAGCAGGUAAACACGUAUUUAUUUAAGGGAACAUAACAUUAACAACGUAUCUAACUAUACUAUAUCUACUAUAAUACUCCGAGGUGUACAGGGACGCGAGCUACAUAGCUGCCACGAUUAGAAGAGGUCAUACUCUCAUCGUUAGCACGAAAUGCUAAUUGCUGUUCGG